CGACCAAAACAAAUCGUCUUUGCGUAAACUUUUUGCUUGACAACAACACCAACGCCAUCAAAUAACGAUUUCGUUCUAUUCCUGAACAGAAUUAUUCGAAAUGUUCUAAAGCUGAUUGUAGCACGCUCCAUUAUUUCGUCCUCCAACAUUGGCCACUAUGUAUUGGUGGGGUGCAAUGGUAGGAACAGCAAUCGCUGCGGUUGGAUUGCUUUACACGGUUAUGAAAUUAAAAGCUCUCAAUACUCCAUACGAGGCACGUAGCGGUGCAGCAAGACAAUCUUCUAGUGCGGAUGAAAGCAACCCCGUACUGUGCGAAACGUGUUUGAUACCACAGAUGGGAGACGCAACAACGUGGAUAGAGCUGGAAUGUGGUCAUUGCUAUCACCGACGUUGUUUGAGCAUGUUUGCUACCACACAUUGUAUAACUUGCGAACUUCAAGCCAAUCAACAGCAGCAAGCAGCAAGCUGAUAAGACGGGGGAUGGUGGCAGCGAAACCCGAUUAGAACUAGCUUACUGUUGCACUUCUGUCUUACGCUUAUUUGUCUCUUAUUUGCAAUGAAAAGUGAACGAUUUUGGUGAGCUACAACAGGAAUCCUAUGCAUAUUUUAGCGUUGUUUAUGACACGAAGGUUGUGAUAAAUACUCGUAAGAUAUGUAGAAACUCCAUUUCCUUAUCUUAAUGACUGUUAGAUGGUGGAAUGGAAAUCAGUCGCGUGAUAGAAGUGGUGAAUUGUAACGAUAAUCUGUAUCUUAUAGUAAAACAAUCGAAUGGAGAGAUGAACACUAUUGUAACGAAAACGAACAGGUUAUAAAAGAAGAAAAUUGUAAUUCUAAAUAGAAUUGUGUAUUAUUUUGAUACACAGCAAGGUAUGUUUUAAAAACUUGUUACGAUAUUUUCAAUUUUUAUUAUGUUUGCUUAUGAACUACUACAAAGCGGGACGUGUCUAUAAGCAAAAUUGAGAAAAAAAUUAAAUCGAUUUGAUUUUUUUUUCUGUAUAGAGAAUAAACUCACUAACCAGAGUUUGUUCUUUAUGUUUCUAUUCUAUCACUGUUUCAAAUCUUGUACGAUUGGCGAUGAUUAUUGCUUCGUGUUAUAAGAAUGUGUGCGAAUUAUGGUUUAUAACGCAAGAAACAACAAAAAAAAAACAUCCCGAUAUGUAUGGUUGCUUUCUGUUUCGUUGUUGCGCGUAC